AUGACUGGCCAUGUGAUAGGCCUUGACCUCGGCAGCAGCUUUCUCUAUGGUUCUAUUGACUCAAACAGCACCCUCUUCAAUCUGCAUCACCUCCAGAGACUUAAUCUUUGGGACAACCAUUUCAAUUACUCUCAAAUACCCAUUGCCAUCAAACGACUUUCUAUGCUCACCUAUCUUGACCUAUCACAUUCUUCAUUCAUCGGGCAAAUUCCCUCGGAACUUUCACAACUGUCCAAAUUGUCCAAUCUUUAUUUGUGCAGCAAUCCAUUGCAACUCAAGAAGCCUAAUAAUUUGGAGAGCUUGAUUUCCAACUUCACACGCCUUAAGCAGCUUUGUCUCAGCCAAGUUGACAUAUCUUCAACAGUUCCUAAAUCGUUGGCAAAUUUUUCUUUCUUGACAUCCCUACAACUGAGGGAUUGCAAACUUAAAGGUGAAUUCCCGGUCGAUAUUUUUCAGCUGCCCGACUUACAAAGCCUCAGCGUGCGGUUUAACAAAUAUCUUAGUGGAAGAUUGCCUCCAAUACUUAAUCAGAACCAUUCUCUCAAGUCAUUGUUGUUGGCAGGCACUAGCUUCUCUGGGGAAAUUCCUUUUGAAAAAUUAGCUUCUUUGAGUACGUUGGAUGCUAGUAACUGCAACUUUUCGGGAGUGAUUCCAUCUGAUCCCAUAGGUAAGCUGAACCAACUCACUUAUCUAAACCUUUCUGAAAAUAACUUUGUUGGAGAAAUCCCUUCUUCCUUGGGAAAUCUAACUCAACUCACCAUGUUAAGCCUGUCAUCAAAUUAUUUUAGUGGUCCAAUUCCUUUGUCAUUGUCGAAGCUCAUAAAUUUGGAAACCCUUUACCUAUAUAAUAAUGAUUUGAGAGACAUUGUCGAUUUUGACAUAUUCGUUGGCCUAAAAAACCUUACUGAGCUAGAUUUGGAACACAACUACAACCUCUCAGUGAUCAUUGCUAAUCCUGGUAUAAAUGAAACAUUUCCACAAUUCAAGGAACUAGGAUUGUCAAACUGUAAUUUAAGAAACUUUCCUGUCUUUCUUAGGCAUCAAAAAAGAAUGGAGGCAUUAUAUCUUGAUGAAAACCAUAUUGGUGGUCCCAUACCAGAGUGGUUGUUCAACAUUAGCAAAGAAACAUUAUCCCUCUUAUCCUUUUCUGGGAACUCUUUAAUAGGGGAGCUUUCGCAUAGAAUAUGCAAUUUUAGUUCUCUUAAAUUUCUUGACAUUUCUCAUAAUAAGUUGGUUGGUAAGCUUCCCCAUUGUUUAGGUAACCUCAGUAAGUCAAUGUUGAUGUUAACACUCCGCAGUAACUAUUUCUCCAGCAACAUUCCCACUUUUCCAGAGGGAAACCAACUGAAGAUAAUUGAUUUAGGUUAUAAUCUAUUUGAAGGGAAGCUAUCAAAAUCACUUUCAAAUUGUAAGAAGCUUGGACACCUCAAUGUGGAAAGUAAUAAGCUCAAUGAUGUUUUUCCCUAUUGGUUGGGCACUCUUCCAGAGUUGGAAAUUCUUGUGUUGCGACGUAAUGAACUCCAUGGAGUAAUUGGGGAGUCCAUAAAAAAAAAAAUGAUUUUCCAAAGUUACGAAUAA